UCACGGAGUUAGAACAAGAAUCGGGAGAACAUGAAGAAGACAUAGCAGUAGAUCAUGAAAUUCGUUCAAGAAAAGCUAAACGUGUAGUAAUUUUUACUACUAACAAGGAGGAUACUGAUCCUAAUACUACAGAUCCUAAUACGACAGAUCAAACAAACGAAGUGGCUUUGAUACGCUAUUCACACCAACCCGACUUUCGACGAGGCAUAAUCAAAGGUUCUAUACGGGCUCAACGACGUAAAAUAGAAAUUGGAGAAUUGUUUCAAGCAAAUGUGCAUUCCCCUCUUUUUUUCAACAAAAUCCAAAAAUUCCCUCUUUUUUCUUUUGAUAUCUCCGAGUGGAUUAAACUGAUUUUUCGAAAUUGGGUGGGGAAAGAGAAAGCAUUCAAAAUUUUAAAGUAUAGAAGAUAUGAAAAGCAAACAAAAAUAAAAGAACAAAAGGAGACUAAGAAAAAAAAGGAAAAAGCUCAAAUAGAUAUAGCAGAGUACUGGGAUAGGAUUCCAUUUGCGCAAGUAAUAAGAGGUUCUAUGUUAUUAACUCAAUCCAUUUUUCGAAAAUCGAUUCUAUUACCUUCACUCAUAAUUUCGAAAAAUAUUGGACGUAUAUUCCUAUUGCAAUUUCCCGAAUGGUCUGAAGAUUUCAAGGAAUGGAAUAGAGAAAUACAUGUUAAAUGCACCUAUAACGGUGUUCCAUUAUCCGAAACAGAAUUUCCGAAAAAUUGGCUGACAGAUGGUAUUCAGAUAAAAAUAUUUUUUCCUUUCUGUCUAAAACCUUGGCACAAAUCCAAAGAAGAGUCCUCUCCAAAAGAUCUAAUAAAAAAUAAAAAAGAAAAAGAUGAUUUUUCUUUUUUAACUAUUUUGGGAAUGGAAGCUGAACUCCCUUUUGGUUCGCCCCGAAAACGACCUUCCUUUUUUAAACCGAUUUUGAAGGAACUCGAAAAAAAACUGAGAAAAUUCAAAAAAAAAUCUUUUCGAGUUUUUGUUCAAGUUCUAAUAGUGUUCAAAAGAAAAACAAAAUUACUUCAAAAAGUUUUAAAAGAAAUAAAAGAAUGGGUUAUCAAAAGGGUUUGUUUUCUAAAAAAAAUAAUAAAAGAAUUUUUCAAAGGUUUAAAAGGCAAUCUAAUUCGAUUAUUUCGAAUAAGAGAAGUCGAAAUAUAUAAAUUGAGUCAAAUUAAAAUUAAAGAAGAAAAAUAUUCCAUGAUUAACAAUCAGAUAAUUCAUGAAUCAUCUAGGCAAAUUGCAUCUCCAAGUUUGAAAAAUUGUUUAUUGACAGAAAGAAAAAUGAAGGAUCGAACUCAUAGAACAAAUACACUUCGAGAUCAAAUUGAAAGAAUUUCCAAAGAGAAAGUAACUCCAAGAAUGAAUAAUCUUAGUCCCAAGAAAACAAGUUAUAGUGUUAAAAGAUUCAAAAAAUGGAAGGUAUUAAAAAGACGAAAUGCUCGAUUAAUGUGUAAAUUAUCUUUUUUUGUAAAAUUUUUCAUUGAACGAAUAUAUACGGAUCCAAUUUUAUUUAUCAUUAAUAGUGUCAGAAUGAAUAGAGAAUUUGUUCUUGAAUCAACAAUUCUUCAGAAAUCAAUUUACAAUAAUGAAAGAAAACAAAGAACACUUAAAAAAAAAAUAAAAAUACAAUUCCCUUUUUUUCGAUUCUAAAAAAGCCAAUUGAUAAUAUUAGUAAAAGAAAUUCACCUAUUCUUUAUGACUUAUCCUACGUGUCACAAGCAUAUGUACUUUACAUACUCUCAGAACUACGGGUCAAUGACUUGUAUAAAUUAAGAUCUGUUCUUCACUCUCAA